AUACUCAUAUCUUGCGACAAUGGCUGACUUCCCUGGAAAAAAAUUGUUUUCUAUCAAAACAGUAUGCAUUGUCACCGGAGCCAGCAGAGGUAUUGGAAGGAGUAUCGUUGUCAGCUUUGCGUCUAAGUUUCCACCAGGAUCCCUAGUCAUAGCGUUAGCGAGAGAUUUGGAACAGCUGGCCGUGACGAAGACUUUGUCAACGAAAGCUAGUACCGGUGUUCCGUGCGUGACCCAUCUUUUUGACCAGGGGUUGCUUGAUCAACAUAAGUACAAUGCGUUGCUCAAAGAUUGUCUUCAGGGAAGAGUGGCAAGUGAGUUCCAGCAAGCAAUGAUCGUACACAAUGCUGGAUCUGUUGGCAGUGAGUUCUGUCUAAAUUUGACCAACGUGGCCCAAGUGUCUCACUACCUGGAUGUGAAUGUAGCCGGACUUGUUGCACUGAAUGCUCAAUUUAUGCAGAUGUUUAAAGAUGUACCUUCUAAAGUGGUUGUCAACAUAACAUCACUAUCGGCUGUGCAACCUAUGGCCAGCUGGGGACUUUAUUGUUCAGGCAAGGCUUUCCGUGACAUGUUCAUGAGGACGCUGGCACUUGAGCAGCCUGACUUCCGGGUGUUGAACUAUGCCCCGGGUCCUGUUGACACCAACAUGUUCCACAAAGAGGGGCUCCAGGAAACAAAAGCUGAAGACCACCUUGAAGCUUUAAGAGCAAUGGAGAAGUGUCUCCUUAGCCCAGAAACUACAGUCAACAGACUCAUCGCCAUACUGGAGAAAAAUGUUUUUGAAAGUGGAGCCCAUAUUGAUUACUUUGAUGAUCAGUGAUAUCAGUAAAACUUUCAGGAGUGAAAAGGACUUUGAUGCUUUGCAUUUUCAUCCAGGUGUAUGAUUGAGUUCUAUAAUAAGAGUUUAUCAAAGCAAAGGUCUUAUCAAGAGUUUGAGAUGAUUUGACCUGUCAUUGGUAGGAAAUCUAUAAGCAAUUAAAGUCAGUAUGGAUUGAUGUCUUAAUUCAUGUUUGACCAAUGAGUGACAUGAAUCAGGUGAUUGUUUGAUUUAUGCCCAUAACUGUGUCACCACAAACUCGGCUGCCAAUCAACCAUCAACAGAGAGUGGCAUCAAACAGUUCAGAGGACGUGUCAAUCAAGGUAAAAGAACUACAACUGUCAGACUGUAAUGAACAGGAACAAAUAUAUCCUGUGCAGCUGUUUCAAAUGAAAUGUUUUGUAACUGCCAGAUUCAAACAUUACUUCACUGAGAAAGGGAAGACAAAGUUUGAAAAAUGCAAGUUAGAAAUGAAACCCGAAGACAUGAAAUAUGUGGAACACAGGCGAGGGAAAAACACCGAACAGGUGAGCAAACCUGCAUGUUUGCUGUUUCAUACAUUGCUGUUUCAUUCCUUCAUUUGUCUUGAAGGGUGGCUUGGAUGAUGAAUAUGCCUGAACAUUGCUAAAACGUCCUGUGCAUGAUGAUAUAGGUGAGAAGAAAAGGAAUUCCCUCGACUGUAAUUGGGAUUCCCCGACAUUCCGUUGAAGGUUGUCUGCUUUGGUGGGCAUGGCUUCAUUUUUUAUAUUCAUUGGGAUGUGAAUGCAAUAACACGUGACCAAUUUAGCUAUUCAGAAUGCAGGAAUUACAAUGAACACAACAAAUGUGAUUUGUAAACAGGGUAAUGUUAUUUCUACAACAUUCUAUAGAGAUUUGAUAUUUAUCCACAAUUUUGUGAAGUAAGACCCACUUAAUAAUCAUCAUUCAUCUAAAAUAUCAAUAAUCAGACUAUGUGUGGUUAACUUUACAAAUUUCAGCUGUUGAUAUAUAUACAUGCAAAUAGUAACCAUCAUUUAUAUGUACUGUGUUUUCACAACAGAUGAGGAUCACACUUUUGCAAACAAUAAUACUGUAAAUACUGUGUUGUAGGUGCAUGAACAGUUCUUCAAUAAUACACAAGCAAUCAACACCAUAAAACUGAGGUCUUUGUGAAACUGAAAGAAGGUUGAGGCUCCCUUGUACAUGUUUGUUUGUUUGUUUGUUUGUUUGUUUGUUAGAGUUAGAGGGAUGGUUAAGAGUACAAGUUUAAGUAAUAAGGUUGAAUAGGUUUACAUAGGUAGGGAAGGGAGAAAAUUCCGUAGGUUAUAGAUAAGAGAAAGAUUUUGCCCCUGUUGUUUUUUUUCUGUUAAAUAAACUUUAAAUCCAG